AUGAGUAGAUUUGAAUUCUUCGAUGAGCUCUCCGUCGGUUCGGAAAAGGAUUCGAAGAGUAUUAAGGCUUUUGAUGCUAUUUUGCCCAACACAGCCCCGCCAAAGAGUCACAACCGCCACAACGCCCUCCGCCCCGAGAACAGAAGCAAGCCCAUAGACGCAGAGACAACCCAUCUCCCAGCCACAGCAAUACAUUCCCUUCGUGACAAGUCGACCACUGAACCUCCUUGGUCCCCGAGCUCCUCUCCAGACGACGGCGACGACGAGGGGGGUUCCGGGCCCCCGCCGCUCAAGAAGCAGCGCAAAGCCCGCACCGCCUUCACAGACAACCAGCUGCAGACGCUGGAGAAGAGCUUCGAGCGGCAGAAGUACCUGAGCGUGCAGGACCGCAUGGAGCUGGCGGCCAAGCUCAACCUCACCGACACGCAGGUCAAGACGUGGUACCAGAACAGAAGGACCAAGUGGAAGCGCCAGACGGCCGUGGGGCUCGAGCUGCUCACGGAAGCCGGGAACUAUGCCGCCCUACAGCGUCUCUACGGGCAGCAUAUCUGGCCGUCCACGCCCGCUCUCACUCCCCUCACGCCCACGCUGCCUACAGGUCUGGAGGCUUAUUACAGGCAGGCGGUGGCGGCCCUCAGCCAGCGCCGCCCACUCCUCCGCCUCUCCUCCUCCGCCCACAUCAUCGACGCCCACGACGCCCACGCUGUCUUCCGUCGCCAGUCCGGGCAGUCCAGCGCAGCCGCCCUCGCCCGCACCCCAGGGCGACUAACCAUCGCCCGAGGCUCCGUUCGGUCGAGCGACUCGUGCGUCGACGUUCAUCUUCAGCGAGAGUACGGAGGGCUCUCUGCCACCCCGCCAGACGUGGGUCUUCGCUCCCGGGGUCUACAGAGACCUUGUUCGCGCCGACAUCUCGACCUGGAACGCAAGCACACGUACAAAGGUCAGAGAGAGAGAGAGAAAGAGGUAGAGAGAGAGAGAGAGAGAGAGAGAGAGAGAGAGAGAGAGAGAGAGAGAGAGAGAGAGCUGAUGGAUCCAAAGGAACGGAUGCGGUUCAGCACCAGCGGCGUCGCAGGAUAUGCCAGCACGAGGUCGCGACAACGAGCUCUACCUUCGGGCUAA